AUGUCAGAUAGCCGGAGGACUUACAUCCUUCGGAUUGCCUCGCAUUUGGUCAGUUUGAACCUGAACGAAGAGAAAUUGCCAAAUGUUGAGUGUUUGAAAAAGUUUUGUGAUACAAACGAGCAAAAUCUUGUCAUCAGCCGGACAGAUAACGUAAGACAAUAUAAAAAAUGCCGAUUUAAAUCAAAAAUUUUCCCUAAAUCUUUUAGAAAGGGCAUGUAGAAGUGGUAAACGAUCCAAAAACCGCCAGUGACACUCAUUUAUACCGUGUCGUCUUCUACAAAUCGCAGCCGAAUCCUUUGUCUGCCGAGAAUUUCAAGAAAGAGAUCGAAGUCCUUACCGUUAACAAUUCCAAUGACUCUAAUGCGCUUCUUGGCACUGUAAGACAAGUUUUCGGCGAUAUUGGGCAAAUUGAAGCCAAUGUGACGAAUGGAAAUGCAAGAAAUGGAAGUACGUUUCAAGUCUAAUAUAAUCAAGUGUCUUAAAACAAUUUCCAGCGUCCAAUGCAGAUUUCAAACAAGAGCUGAAGAGGUUGGAACAAACUUAUGGAGAGAUUGUGGAGCCCUUGGUCGAGAAAUACGAUCAAAUCAACCAAAUGACUCUUCCCGAAGUCGCCGAGUUUGUGGAAACAGCCGAAUAUGUGGUGGACGGGCUUUGGACGACGACUGAGGGCGGAUUCUCACAAACCAGGAUGACGAAUCUGCUGGAUAUGAUCGGUGAGUUACAGGAAUAUUUAUAUAUGAAAGAAUUUUGAACUGAUUUCCCUUUUGCCCGGCCUUUUUAUUCCUUCUUUCCGAUCGAGAGAGCUGCAGUUUAGAAGACGGAAGGACGUGAGCCGCCAUAGCUCAGUCGGUUAGAGCGUGGGUCUAAUAAGCCCAAGGUCGCAGGUUCGACCCCUGCUGGCGGCAAAUAACUUUUUUGGUCUUUUGUGUUGCUGAAAAGUUGAAUUAUCUACCUAGUAGCUACAUAUAAUCGGUUAAUACGUAUUUUAAUCAUUUUUAUAUGAUUUUACAGACAAAAAAGAUUUAUUUUUUUUAAAAUUUGAUGUUUUUACUAAUUUUUUCUGUUUAGUCAACGAAAUCUGCUCGGCAUUGUCAUCUCGCCUUGCCAUUCCCAACUUCUGGACGGAUCCUUCAGCCACGGACCUUCUAGAGACUUCAAUUUCAAUUUGCACUCAAUGGCAGCUAUCAGUAAAACUUUUAACAGGCCAAAAUUGGCCCAAUAUUUCGAACGAAUGGAAGGGCGGAGAGUUGAAUAACAAGUCCCUGGAGCGAUACAAACAACGACUGAUCGAAGUUCAGUCGAUCCGAAGGCUAAUCGACCAACUGGGAAGGAUGAAAGAGGGGAAUGGACUGGACCGAAAGUUGGUCGAUGCGAUAAAUUCGAUAAUUGGAAAGGAAAAUUUACUCAAAUUUGGGGAAAAAGAUGGUGAAAAAGUGGAGGAGAAAUUGAAAAGAGUGGAGCAAGUGAUCGACGAGAAUAUCAAGACAGUUUUGCCGCAAAUCCAAAGCAAAUUAGCCGUGGCCAUCGAGAAUAUGCCCAUUAAUGUGAGUUUUGAUGAUUUUUUUGGUAAAAUACGGCAUAACAAUAUGGAACGGUUAUUUUCAGGCAGUAACACUUAUCUACAAAUACCGAGAAAUCCUUUCACGGCCUGGGGUCCGAUCAAAAUUACAAUCAAUAAGGUGGGUGAAGAUGGUAAAGCAUGAUUUUUAAUGUUUAGGGAAUCGCUUUUCACCCGCAUUACCGAGUAUUUCCGAUCAAAAAGAAACGAAUUUGAGGAUGGAAAGAGGAAUGGAAGUCUGUUUACAAAUUCCCGGUACUUGACGGAGAUUGGAGCAAAGGUGGUUUGGGUCAGGUCAAAUAUGGUGCAGGUGAGGAAUAUAUAGUAAAAAAUUGAUAAGACACACAUUGAUAUCUUUACACGUAUUUUUUGACAUUUUUAGACGUGAGUCAUUUUAUGCCGAAAAUGCGAAAAUCAAAAAAAAAUUUUUUCUUGAUGAUGUAUUUUUUUUCCGCAUCGUAUUUUACCCCAAAAAUAAAAUUUUUUUCCAGUUCCAACAAAUCGAGAAGGUCUGCAACUCUCUGUUCAACGACCUCUCCUCAUACGCCCAAUUCGAUCGGGAUUUGAAAAACUUUAUGGGCGAAAUAAAAAAGUUCGAAGCCGAGCAAUUCGACGAAUGGUGCAAGGAUAUCCUGGCCGAAAUCGACGACCCCAACAACUCAAUUGCCCUCCAAACGACCGGUCGCUUGAUGAAACUGGACAAGGAAAAGGGAAUCCUCACCGCCAAUUACAGCGACCGUUUGGUGGGCCUGUUGCGGGAGGUGGGCCAACUCUCCAGCCUCGGCUUCAAUGUGCCCAGGCAGAUCCAGCAGUGCACACGGACUGCGGAGCAGUUCUAUCGAUAUGGGAAUGUGUUGAAACAAGUGGCACACUUUUAUAACACGAUCGAACAACAAAUGUUGCCCUGCCAACAGGCGAUGAUGCUGGAAGAGGCCUUGAGAUUUGAUCGUUUGGUGAUGCCCAAGGGGAAUUCCGAUGGAAAUAAUGUCACCUGGGACAACCCAAAGAAAUUGCAGGAGUACAUCGAGGAGCUGCAGAAGGCCGCGACCGCGCUGACGACACAUAAUCGGUAGGAAAGGGGGAAUCAUAUUGAGUUAGUCAUCAUUUCGCGGAAAUACUCAAUUUUGAAAAAAAAUUGUGAGGAUUUGUUUGUGGACCCAUUUGUAGUCUGUAAGCCUUUCUCAGCGUCUUCUAAAUUUUAUGUAAUAGAAUAUUUUUGCUUGAAAAAUCAAAAAUUGGAUGAUUUUGAACCUACCACAAUAUGAUGGAUGUUUCGAUGGGACUAAAUAGCGAUUCGGGAGCAGGAGACGGGUAUUUUACUCUCAUUUUAUCACAAUUUCCCUCAUGACCCCAUAAGUUUUAUCAAGAGGGCCUCGGAUGUGUGCCGCCAUAGCUCAGUCGGUUAGAGCGUGGGUCUAAUAAGCCCAAGGUCGCAGGUUCGACCCCUGCUGGCGGCAAAUAUUUUUAUUUUUUGAUUUUUUUUUUAAAUAGAGGUUUUAUGAAAUUUUUGUGUGCCAACGUAUUUUACAAUCAGAAUACACCUUAAAACUUUAAAAUACACGGAUUAUUACUUUUUUCCGGCGUUUGCCCGCAUUUUUUUCUUUUUUCACUUUAAAUUUUGUUGUUACAAGGUUGCAACUAAUUUUUUACAACUCAAACUUACUUAUUCUUUCUUCCAGACAGCUCCGCAAAGCCCACAUGGAGAUUUGUUCUCGAGUUUUGAAGAUUUUGGAAUCCGAUUUCCUCAAAGAUACCUCCCAAUGGAACAGUGUUGUAGCGGCGGUUCGGAAAGUUUUUGCCGAUGAAGAACAACGCGUGGCCAAUCCGGCCAAUAUGAGACCUUGGGCCAUCCAUUGGGACAAGCAGUUGUUCAAGGUGCUCCAAUUGCAUUUUCAUUUCUCCAUUCAAAAUGUGCAUACAUUAAUCGGACCUGUUCAUGUCCAACUGGUCUUACGGUAAGUUUGGGGGUUGUAAAUACUAUUUGUGAUGGUUUUUACUGAAAGAAAAAGUGGUUAAGGGAGUUUUAGUGGGAUUAGAAGAGAUGAAAAGACAAGGGUUGAUGUUUUUGAUGAAAGCCAGCUAAGAUCCGCAAUAUUUCGUCCAGUUAUGGUCAUUAUUUCGUAGUCAGAUCUUUAGAGUAUCAUAAAAAAGUUGAGGUUGAGAUUAAGUCACCAAUAUUUUCUAGACAGAUUUUUUUAUAUUAGCCAUGAUGAUUUUGAUGUCUUCGAAGAAAAUUGGUUGUUCUAAGUGGUCGCUUUCGAUUUUUAUGCCUAUGAUUUUUGAUUCAGACCCUAAGAGCUGCCCUUGAGCCAUGAAACAAGGUCAUGGCUCCUCGCAGUUUAGCUUUUGCCGUAUUUCGACAAAAAUAUAAAGUAUAGCAGAUGUCUAAAUUAAGGUUGAAAAUUUUUCAGCGACCACGCCCUAACCCUAAGGCCAUCUCUACACGAGACCAAAAUGAAAUUCUACGCCGAUCUGCAAAAGUUUUUCACAGUCCCAGCGCAAUUGAUGAGCGUUCAGACCUUGAGUAAUGUAAGUGAGCAUAAGCGAGGAUCUUGAUGAAAAUUUCUGGAUUACCCUCAAAGUAUUUAUUUCAAAUUUUAUUUUCAGAAGUCUCAAAGUCCAUUUGCCACGAUCCCUUUGCUGAAUGUCUCCAAAUUCCCGCAGAUUUAUCAGAAUUUGGAGAAAUAUUUUGAUGAGUUGAGCAGGGUUUGCGACAAAUACGAGGAAUGGGAGUGGAUGAGCAACAUCGACCUGGAAGAGUUGGUGGCCGAGGAAUUCACACAGAGUUCGCAGUGGGAAAAACAAUUGGUCCAGCUGAGGGCAAGGCAGCGGAAGGCCGAUGAGAUCGAAAAGUAAGGGAUUUUUGGAAUGAAAUUGGAAUUUUCAGGGGGCUUCUGGUGUGAAAUUUUGGUGUUUGCAUUAGGAUAUUCGAAAUUUUGAUUUUUUGAAAGAAAAUUUCAUCAAAAACGGAAAAAUCAGGUUUUUUGAAACUUACGGUAUUAUAUCUCUACUCUUUCUGCAUAACGUGACCUCAAAUUUUAUGAGUUGCUUUAGGAAGCUUUUACCUACAUUUUCGCCAAGUUUCAUAAAAAUCCAUAUAUUACACUAGGGGUAACAUAACAGUACUGUAACAAAAAUUUGUUUGAUUACUCUAAAAGCCCAAAUUACAUAAUGAGCAUUCAUAAACACCUAAAAACUUGAUUUAAAAUUUCCAGUGAGCUAACGAUCGGCCCGAUAGUUGUGUCCCUAAUGUCAUUCAAAAACUCAUUGAAUUCAAUGCUCCGAAGAAUGAAUGAGACGUUGAAUUGGACCCUGAAGAAUUCGAUAAAUCAAGGAAUCCAAACACUGAGUUCGACAAUCAAACGAGGCACCGAUUUGUUGGCUGUGAAACCGCAAACAAUGCAGGAUAUUGGGGAGACCAGCAAGAAUUACAUUACACUCAAGAAGGACCUGCCGUUGGUAAGGUUUGAAGAUAAAAUUUUGGUGUCUGACGAUGUUUUAAAGAAGAGAUUACCUUUGUACAUUCUUUUAUCAGUCAUUUUUCACAUUUUCAUGCGGUUUUUUGUAGGAGAAAUUCAAAAAUUAAGAUUUCCGCUAUUUUUGGCAUUCUGUUUCAAGCUCACAAGGGAAGUACCCCAAGUGCGACGCUCAGAUUUUCUUUAGCUCGCGCUUUGCAGGAGCCGCCGAGAUAUCGGACGAUUUAUGCCGCCGAGAGAGCACGCUAAACGUGGAGAGCGGUCAGAGAGAAAAGCGCUUUUUGGCCAUAACUUUGGCAGUUUUGUGCGGAAAAAUUUGAUUUUUUGUAGAAACAUUAUCCUUUAUGGUAGAAAUAGGCACGAAACUUUUCGUGCCGAAAUUCAGCAAAAAGUACUAAAUUUUCGCCGACUUUCAGUCUAAAAAUCUCCGUCGUUUCUGCAAAGCGCGAGCUAGAAUUCUCGCAUAUAUCUUAGAAAAAAUUAUUCUAAAUUUGUGCCAAGUUUCAUCAAAAUCUGAGCGUCGCACUUGGGGUACUUCCCCUGUCAAAUUUGAAGUUUUUGACUUAUUCUGGAGACUGUAGAUGAUUUAGAUUGUCGAAUGAAUUAUGUUACAAGGGAUCGGCAAAACCGCGCAUCCUGGUUUUUUCUGGUUUUUCAUUGUGAACAUCGACUUGGGUAUCUGAAGGUCGGAAAAAAGUAUGUAUUUUUCGGCAUAGGAUGAAGCGUUGGACGUCAUAGGUACGUAUUAGACAUAUGAAAAGUAAUUCUUCAAUCUCUUUAGCAUCUCAAAAGCAAAGAGUCGUGAAAUCCAACUAGGAAUUUUUUUAAAAUUCUCGCUAGCUAGAGCGUAAAGCAAAAAUAGCAGCUAAUAAAAGGUGAUCCUAGACCAGUUUUUUACGCUCUUUCAAAUGGUAUAUGUUUCAAGAAAAAACCAGGAUGCGCGGUUUUGCCGAUCCCUUGUUAGACUCAGUUUUGUUAAUUUCUUCGUAUUUUAAACCUGAUUUUUUGAUUUUUUCGAGCUUUGGCCAAAAAUUGAAGAUUUUCUAAAAAAGUAAAAUUUCGGCCGAAUUUAUAGCCAGGCUUAGUCUAAAUAACUGUCAAAUUAAUUUUCGUCUUCCACAAAUCUUGUAUUUUAGACGUCGGACCAUUUGAAUCGCCUGAACGAACAGAAUUCCCUUCUCCGCCGCUGGACCGGCGCUGGUGUCACCGACCUCAACGAGGUCAGCAACGAGUUCGAAAAGUACAAAAACAUGCUGGAAAUGUUCGAUGACGUCAUCAAGGAGCAAGUGGACAACAUGAAGGCCAACAUUGCGGACCGCAUCAAGCAGUUGGCCAACGACGCCGAGCUGGUCUACGCCCAUUGGAAGCAGUUCAAACCCACCGGCGACGUCCUCAUGGCCGAGAAUGAUGUGCUCACAAAGAAUGUGGAGUUCAUCAGAGAGUGUCAGAAGAAAUAUGACGGGUUAAUGGAACAGUAUGAGAGUCUGAGGGACGAUUGCGAGAAAUUUGAACUCCCAAAAGUCGAGAUUUCAAUUAUGGAACAGAUGAGGAAUGACCUGGGCGCGACUGCUGAGAAUUAUAGAAUAUAUGAGGAGUUCGACACGGAAUUGAAAAAGCUCGGAGAAACGGAAUGGAUCUUGUUUAGGUGAGUUGCGGGAUAUUGUAGUAGGUAAAGGUGUCUCCGAAUAAGCGAAAAUUGGAACAAUUGUCAUUGAUGGCUUUGUUUAGCUGUGUAUUAGUUGUUAGGGGCUAUUUACCGCAAACGAGUAAAAUAAAUUUAUAUAAAUAUAUCUUUUUUGAAUAUUGUAGUAGGUAAAGAAGGCCUUUGUGUCUUAAAAUAACUUUAGGAUUUUAAAAAAUGUUCAUCAUCGAAAAGUAUAUGCCUUUUUGGGAUAUUGCACUAGGUAUAAAGCUGAAUGUAAUCGAAGAGAAAUUCAGGAAGAUGGAAGUGGCUGUUGCUAUAAUGAAAGACAAAUUUUACAGUCUUUGCGAAAUAGAUUGAUCCUAAAAUACGUUGAAUCUUAUAAUUUCUCAAUGCACAUUAUGUUCCGAAAUUAUUUUUGAUAGCCCCAAAAGCAAUAUUUCGAUAUUUGAAAAAUUUUUAGUAGCGUUUUAACUGCAAAAUAUAUUUACGUGUACAUCUUUUCAGGAACAAAGCCUAUCUUUUCGACGAGUUUCUGCAAGAAUGGACCAACAAAUUGAAGCAAUUGCCAGUGAAUCCGAUCGUCGUCCGUCUACAGCGCCAAAUCGAGCAGAUGGCCGACUUCUCGGCGGCCCUCAAGUUCUGUCGCGGCGAAAGUUUGAGUGCGCAACAUUGGACGGAGAUGUUCCGUUUGCUCCAGCUGCCUCGAGGCACUUUGUUGGAGCAGCUGACCUUCAAUGAUUUGAUUGGAGUCCGAGAAAAUGUGGUGAAGAAUGUGGACGGACUGAAGGAAUUGAGCUCGAGAGCGCAGGGAGAAGCCGCCAUCCGCGAUGCGCUCCAGGAACUGGAGUUGUGGGCGGCGCAGGCGGAGUUCGUUUUGAGCGAUUACAGACAUUCGAAUGGGCAAACCAUCAAGAUUGUGAAGGAGUGGAAGGAGCCCAUGUAUCAGGUAGGAAAUAAUUGUUAAUAGCUCGAGGCAUAGUGCUCGGAUUUACUUCAAAUUUUGUUUAUAUAAUCUGUAUAGGCUAUAUUAACAUCUCUGAAAGCUUUAACUCAUGGUUUUAAGAGACAGCUGGGAUAUUGACCGAGAUUUUUAAUAUUUUCAAUUUCAAUAUCUCGGCUUGUUCUGCAGAGCGCGAUCUAAAAUUUUAGGAUUAGUCCAAGAGAGCUCUGAAUUUGAUCCCUGCGAAGUUUCAGCCAUAAAUUUUAUUGGCCACUGGUCAAAAAUCGUAUUUUAUAACUUGCCAAGUACAAUAAAAUUCUUCCCUCAAAUUUUUUUGCAACCCAUUUUUGAUCCUCUUCCAGGUCAAAGACAACCAAACCCUGUUGAUGUCGUUGAAAAAUUCGACUUAUUACACCCAAUUCAAAGAUCAAACCUCUGUUUGGGAGAAGAGAAUCGCGGAUUUGGAGGUCUACCUCCAGUUGAUGAUGCAGAUCCAACGAAAAUGGGUCUAUUUGGAGCCAAUCUUUGGCCGAGGUGCCUUACCGGCCGAGCGAGCGCGAUUCCAGCGAGCCGACGCCGAGUUUCGCUCAAUUCUGCAUGAUUUGGCCAGAAAUCCGAGACUUGUUCACUUGGCCAAUGAAAAAAGCCUGGCCAGAAGUUUGGACGAGAUCUCUGAUCAACUGGGACGAUGUCAACGCGCGUUGAACGACUUUUUGGAGGUGAAACGAGUCGCGUUUCCGAGGUUUUACUUCCUUGGCGAUGAUGAUUUAUUGGAGAUCUUGGGGCAAUCCACGAAUCCGACGGUCAUUCAAAAUCACUUGAAGAAACUGUUUCAGGUGGGAAUUGUUUUUGAGGAUCUUGGAAAGAGCUAUGAGGAAUAGUUAGGGAGAUUUCCAAAUUUAAGUGUUUUCGUGGUGGGACCCAACUUUUGAAGACUUGGCGAAAUUAGUGGGUUUUGUAUUGAAUAGUCUAUAAAUAGUAGGUAAAUUGUGGGUUGAGUUAUUGAGUGUGGUUUAAAAUUCAAGCGAUUGUGAUAAAUUUGGGUCCCGACACGAAAACGAUAAAUUUUAAAAAUUUCCCCGGAAGCUUGAAAUUUUAAUAAUUUGUUGAAAAAUGUAUGUAGUAGAGUAUUCUAGGGGAUUGAGCGAGUCGUAUUCGAUGCGGAAAAGAAGACAAUCAGAGGGAUCAUCUCGCCUGAAAACGAAAAUGUUUCGUUGAUGAAACCGGUCACAAUCGUUGCUGAUGUUGAGGUAGGCCAUUGCUAAAUAUGUUUUUAGACCUUUAAGCUUUUCCAUUGCAAGAUUAUAUAGAGAUUUGGGUUAUUUUUUUUAUCAUAUAUCACCUAAUUUGAUAUUCGAUGUCAAGUGUAAUAUAAUUUUUUUAAUUUUUGUCAGAAUUACCUCAAAUCUCUUGUCGAUGAGAUCCGCGCCACCCUGAAGAAGCUUCUUUUUGAUUGUCUGGCCGAGUCGAAUCUCGAUCCGAGCAGAUAUCCCACUCAAAUCAUCUGUUUGGCCGAGGAAAUUCGAUUCACCAGAGACUUGGAAGAGGUUUUGGGGAGGAAUGGGGACCUCAAUAAGUUCAAAAAGGAUCUAGAAGACCAAUUGGAGCAGUUCACGACAGUCACAACCGAUGAUUCUCUGAUGGAUUUGAAGCUGAAAUCGCUGAUUUUGGAUAUAAUUCAUCACAUAAAAGUGGUCGAGCAGCUCAUUUCUUCGAAGGAUAAGUCAGUUUUUAGUGUAAAAUACGAACUCCAGAGCGUUGUCCUUCGAUUUAAUAAAUUUUUAGAUCAAUUUCUUCCUGGACCUGGCAAAAACAGAUCAGAUUUUACUUGAAGGGCCAAGAUGUCCUCAUCAAACAUGUCAACGCGGAGAUACAGUACACCUACGAGUAUCAGGUGAGAUUCAAAGGCUAGGCAUAAGUGGUGGUAUUUUUUGGGAAACAGAAAAGUGCAAAGAAAAUCUUGCCUUAGUCCCCCCUUACCAUUUUUCCUGGGAGAACAACUGGCUUGCAAAAAAAUUGAAGUUGUUGCGACUUGGAUCGAAAAAUUGUAUGCUCAAAGAAUUUUUUUUUGUCUGUCCGACUCUCCUUAUUCCACGAACUCUAUCUUAAUGAUGACCGUUGAAUAUAGCGGUGGCCGCUGAAUGAUGUCAUCUAAAAUUUUCUGGGAAUGAUUUUUGACUUAUUCAGAACCUCUAUGCGAAAUUUCAAGCAAGCGUGAGCCUGUUGCCUCUGGCAGUUUCUCAAUAUUUUUGACAAAAUUUAUUCGCACAGUGCAAAGGUUUGAAAUAUAAUAAAAUUUUGGGGAAGGUUUUGAGGUAAUUAUAGAAAAAAUGUACGAAUCAGGCAUAUUCUUCUACAAAAAGCUUUUUGGGGCUAAGGUAGUACAGCCCCCCAGUCCAGUUUAGCCCCCCAUGACCCAGUACAACCCCCCUCGUCCAUUCUGAACCCCAAAAUUUAUUUCAAAGAGUUAAUCCAAGUUGUAUGGUCCAGCACAAGCCCCCUACGUUUUAAAUCAAGCCCCCUACGCUUUAGAUGAAGCCCCCUACGUUUUAGAUCAAGCCCCCUAAGUUUUAGUUCAAGCCCCCUACGUUUUAGAUGAAGCCCCCUACGUUUUAGUUCAAGCUCCCUACGUUUUAGGUCAAGCCCCCUACGUUUUAGAUCAAACCCCCAACGUAGUAGAUCAAACUCCCACUUACAUUUUUUGUAUUAUUCUAAUUUGUUCAUUAUGUGGGGUGUGAAACGGGCAAAACAGUGGGGUUUGAACUACCUUUCGUGGGGGGCUCAACUACCGAAGCCCCAGCUUUUUUAGGUCCUUUCGGAUCCACUUCGCAUAACUUGUUGCACAUUUAAAAAUUUAAAAAAUUUCAUAUUUUAGGGCUGUGCCGCGAAACUGGUCCACACUCCGUUGACGGACAAGUGCUACCUCACACUGACCCAAGCCCUCUCCCUUGGCCUCGGUGGCAAUCCGUUUGGCCCCGCAGGGACGGGAAAGACCGAAUCCGUCAAGGCGUUGGGCAAUCUUUUCGGGCGUCAGGUCCUGGUCUUCAACUGUGAUGAAGGGAUUGAUGUGCAGGCAAUCGGACGGAUGUUCAUUGGCCUCAUUCAGUGCGGUGCCUGGGGCUGUUUCGACGAAUUCAAUCGCCUGGAUAAGGACGUUUUGUCCGCGGUCUCCAGUCAAAUCCAGACUCUUCAAGAUGCGAUAAAGAACCGAUCUUCCACUUGCCAAUUGAACAAUCGAAAUGUGAAUGUCGACUUUAAUGCGGCGAUUUUUGUGACGUUGAAUCCGGUGGGAAAGGGAUAUGGAGGAAGACAGAAGCUGCCGGACAAUCUGAAACAAUUGUUCAGACCAGUGGUGAUGUCCAAACCGAAUAAUGAGGAGAUCUCGGAGACUUUACUCUUCGCUGAGGGCUUCAAGAAGGCCAAGUUAAUGGCCAAUAAGAUUGUUACGGCAUUUGAUAUGAGUCGGUGAGUUGAUUUUGGAGGAUAUUUUAUAUUGUAGUAGGGGCCAAAUGAGUGGCCGAGUUGAUCUUAAAUUCAGGUAGCAGGUCUUUAUAGCGCCAAUAUAAUUUUAUUUACUUUUCUAACAGAUAUUUUAACACUUGAAGUUCUUUUUUGAACAUAAAUUACAUUGUAGUAGACAUCAAAUGUCAUAAACUUGCCAUAAUUCCUCUAAUUCAUCUAUAAUGCUUCCAGCGACCUCCUGAGUAACCAACAACACUAUGAUUGGGGUCUUCGCUCGAUGAAAACAGUCCUCAAAGGCUGUGGAUCCGCGUUGGCCAAGGUCCGAGGGAAGUCCGAGGUGGACGAAGAAAAGAUCGUCCUCCAAACUCUGAUGCUGUCCACGCUGUCCAAGCUCACUUUCACUGACUUUAAACGGUUCAACGCUCUGUUAAAGGACGUUUUUCCGGGGGUUGACGCAGAAGUUGAUCAGUUUGCGGACUUGACGGAAAAUGUGGCCAAGUCGGCGGAGAAGUCGAAUCUUGAGCUGACCAACGACCAGAUCACAAAGAUAAUUGAAUUAAACGAACAACUGAGUCGUCGGAUAGGCGUGGUCAUUGUUGGCCCGCCCGGUUCGGGUAAAUCUACAUUGUGGUUGACGUUGAAAUCGGCGAUGGAAAAGAUGGGAACCGGCGUCGGGUUGUACACAGUGAACCCGAAGGCCAUGCCUAAAACAAAGGUGGGUGCUGGAGAGCAGAGGAGGGAUACGGAGGGUAAAAUACGAUGGAUUAAUGUUGGUUUGUAAAUUUAAAAUUUUUUGGUUCAAAAAUAGGAAAAAAAUUCGAAUUUUUCGAUAAUUGUCCGUCAAAAAAUCAGUAAAUUUUUUUCAGAAAAUUGAAAUGAAGUCUUGUUCUGACGUUUCAUAUAGUUUUUGAGCCUGCGGUCAACGAUUUCUUAUCAGAAAAAUCAACGUUUUACCAUUUUUUUUUUGAAAAUUGAAGGAUUUUCCUUUUUUUGAUCCUAUACUUAUAUAAACAUUCACAAAAUACUGUCGUUUUGUUUCCUAGACACCCUUUGACAACUUGUUAGGCCAGGAAUUUUUUCCUUCCAGAAAAUUUUUAGUGUACAGUGAGGGACCUGACCCAAUGGCAAAAAACGUCUCCUUUUGCAUCCCGGAAGGGACCAAAAUGACUCCAAACCCUUCCCUUCUCUAAGCUAAAAAAACUAUGCUUUGAAAAGCGCGCCCUUUCCUUCAAGGCGGGCUCUUCAAAGCGAGGUUUUUCAGCUUAGAGAAUGGAAGGGUUUGGAGACAUUUUGGUCCCUUCCGGGAUGCAAAAUGAGACGAUUUUUGCCAUUGGAUCCGGUCCCUCACUGUAAAAUACGGAUAUUCCGAUUUUUGCUUGCUCAAAAUAAUAUAGUCUCCCCAAAACCAACAAAAAUUCUUCAGUUUCUCGGCGAAAUGAAUCUGGACACUCGCGAAUGGACUGACGGAGUCCUGACAUCAGUUGCCAGAGAGGUCGUCAAAGAUCCGGCCAAGAGGGCGUGGAUUGUUUGCGAUGGGGACGUGGAUCCGGAUUGGAUCGAAGCUCUGAACUCCGUGCUGGAUGACAAUAAAUUGCUGACAAUGCCGACGGGAGAGAGAAUCCAGUUUGGGGACAAUGUCAAUUUCAUUUUUGAAACCGACGAUUUGAGGCAUGCGUCACCGGCGACAAUCAGCAGAAUGGGCAUGAUCUACAUAAGGUAAGGCCGGGAUUUGGGAAUUUUGAGGGGUAAGGUGGGUGAUGAGUAUCAGUAAUGAUAGUUUCGUAAUCGUAGGGUAAGUUUUGAAAAUAUUUUUGGCAGAAAAAGAAUGAAAUUUUUGAUUUUGGGUCCCAACACGAAAACCUGAUGGGUUGUCCGAAUAAAUUAUUUUGACUUCUGAAAGGUUGUACGACCUUAUUUUUACUCAUUGCUACACAAAUUAGAUUUAUAAUUGCCAAUUUUGACUAAAGUUUUGAGUUUUGUGUCCCACCACGAAAACCUGACAAGUCAUCCAAAUCGGUUAUUUCGAUUUCUGAGACGCUUUUGAACCUCUUACUUUAAUUAUUAGCACACCAAAACCUUUUCUUGUUUCUUUUAGCGAUGAAAUUGUCUCCAUUGCCUCUCAUAUCAAGCGACUGUGCAAGAUCAAAGAAAUUCGCCCGGAAAUCGCUGAUUGGCUGAACGAAACUCUUCCUGAAGCCAUAAAAUGGGUCCUACGACACUCGGAUCAACAAGUUAGCCGGGUUGCAAUCGUCGAAAACGUGGUUUCCCAAACCUAUGAUGCCAGUAAUAUCGACGAAUUCAAGGUUGGAUUGCUCAGAGGAUUACUUCCUUAUGUCAGCAUGGAGUCGUUCACAGCUCUGGCGAAUGAUGUAGGUGGCGAUUUUGGAUCUUACUUUGCAAAAUAUGAUGUUAUGAAGGGGGUUUUCGAGAAAAUUUAAUUGGUUUUUUUGGAAAAAAAUAUUUUUUUGGGAUUAAAAAGCGAUUUUUGGGUGUUUCUGCAUAAAAUUUCGUAAAAAUUUCCAAUCCAUAUAUUACACUAGACUCGAAUUUGUAUUAUCAUGUGUAAUACAAUCCAAUUCUGACUUAUUUUAGGUCGUAUUUCAAGGACAGCACCUCCCCAACCCCGCCAAUCCCCUGAACGUCCAUUAUGACAAACAAUCCAUGUCUUUGCAAUCAUUCUCCGACGACUCUUACACCAAUGUCACCUUGAACGACAUGAAAUACGAAGAGAAAAGACCUACAAUCUUGACGGCUAGAAUGAAGAUUGCCCGGGAUACUGUGGCCAAAUGGUUGCAGGAGGAAAAUCGAGAGUCGUUUUGUGUUUUGGGCCCCGAUGGAAGCGGGAAAGAUCAGCUGUUGAGGGGAUCUUUUGCUGAACAUUACAAAAGUGCACUCGUCAGACUGAAUUGUGGAGCGAGAACAAGGUGAGAAAGGGCUGUAUUCAGGUUGAGGAAGGCCGUUACGGGUUGUUUUGAGGUUUAUGUCGACUUCAGGGCGUAGUUUUACAUAAUUGGACAUAUUUCAUCGUAUAAAAUUGCAUUGUUAAGCCGAAAACAAACUAGUUAUGCCCUGUAUGAGGUUUACUGUAAUUUUAAAAUACGCACUGACGAAUUUUUGUUUCCUGUUCAAGGAAAUAGCACUCUUACCAAUUUAGACGCCUUUCGUCGUAUAAAAUGGUCAAAUUCCGCUAUUUUGAGCGAAAUCGAAAAAAAUUGUUUUCGUGAAAAUUUUAUGGCCAGUAAUGAUUACCAAGCCUAAAUUUGGAUAAUUUAUGACGUCAGUUUUAAAGAUUUUGGCAUUUUUGACUGCUCAAACACUUUUCAUCGUAUAAAAUGGCAAAGUCCUAAAAAUAACCACCUUACAAAUAAAAUUACCUCUAAAUUUCAGUGCGUUGGACAUAAUGGACCUCCUCACCCGCAACUGCGUCCAAACCCAAUCGGCCGCGGGUCGUUCUCUUCGGCCGAAAGACAAAGACCAUCUGAUUGUGUAUCUAAAAUCAAUAGAUCUGAUCCAACAAGACAAGUACGGAAGCUCAAUGACCAUCUCCUUUCUCGAAGAUGUCCUGCAUUACCAUGGCUUCUAUGAUUCGAAUAAUGAUUGGACUUUCCUGGAGAACGUUCAAUUAGUCUGCACUUUUGCUCAUCCCCCGUCAGCUGGACGUUCGCUGAUCCCACCGAGGUUUAUUUGCUCUUCCAAAUUGAUGUUCAUGGACCCUCCAGUGGAUGAGGAGUUGAUUGUGUUGGCGUCGGCUUAUUUGCAACCGAUUAUUGGGGUAAGAAGGCAUGGAUAAUAUAACUUUUAUGGGGAUUGGUGGAUUUGAUGAGAUGGGAUAACAUAAUUAGUGUCUAGAGGGCGCUUGUCUCAAAUUUGACCCUUAUGUUUUAUAAUUUUUAUGGUAAAAAUUGUUUCGAUCAAAGAAUUUUUUUGCACUGUGCGGUGAAAAAGUUUGAUUGCACGGUGCGGUAAUGGAACGUCCGGAAAGUCGCUGGACCGAGAUUGGCGACACUCCGCACCGUGCGAAAACAAAAGUUUUCUUUGCACUGUGCAAUUUUUUCCUUUUUGCACCGUGCAAGUCGGCUUUUUUCGAUCGUCGCUCGCACCCUGACUUUUUUCGCACAGUGCAAACGCCGAAAAUCAGUCCAGCGACACGCCGCACCGUGCGAAAACAAAACUUUUCUUUGCACUGUGCAAUUUUUUCCCUUUUUGCACAGUGCAAGUCGGCUUUUUUCGGUUGUCGCUCGCACCCUGGCUUUUUUCGCACAGUGCAAACGCUAAAAAUCAGUCCAGCGACUUUCCGGAAGUCCGGAGCAAAAAUUUUUAUAAAAUUUGUGCACUGUGCGUAACUUUUUUUUUAUAAAAUCGCACUGUGCAAAAAAUAAAAUUCGAUUUUUUGCACAGCGCGAUAGCAAUGGGUUGCUGUAAAGUUAUUUUGGGUUCUAAAAAGGGAAAAUUAGGGGUGAUUUGAACAAGAAGUUUAACUAAAUGUAUUUUAGGACCAACUCGGCUCCUCUUCUCGAGUCGAAGCCUUCGCCGCAUCUCUAGUCCAGACUUACAAACGGAUCAAAGACCAGUUAGCGGCCGCCACGCAAACUCAUUACGAUUUUUCAACCCGAGAUCUGAUCAAUUGGAUAUUAUCCUUCAUGAGAUAUGGAUUUACAGGUUAGUAUUAAAAAAAAAAUUUUUUGAUUUAAUUUUUUUUAUUUUUUAGCUGAAAAUAUCGCAACUUUACUGCCCUUGGCCAGCGCCUUCGAAGCGAAUUGCAUUUUUGUGGAUCGAUUAAUCAAUUUCGACCAUCGGAACGAGUGUCAGCACAUCAUAAACGAGACUUUCCGCAUCGGAAAGGAGAGCAUUUUCGCCCCGAUUCCAGGCGCUUUUCAAUGGAGACAAGCAGUUAUGGGGAAACCCUUGGAAUCCAUCCAAAAACAGGAGUAUAUUGCGCAAUUGAACAAGGGCAUCAAUCGAUUUGGUAAGCAAAAAUCGAAUUAAAAAAAAUUUUUUUGUUUUUGCUGAAAUUUUGCUAAAAUUAGGUUCAGAAUUCUCUGAAGCGCUGUUGAAAAUUUUGAACAGCGUUAUGCAGAAAUAGCCGGGAUAAAGGAAAAUUAGUUUCGAAAAGUUUAAUUUGGCAUGCAGCUUAGCGCUUUCUAUAGCGCUAUGAAAAUUUUUAAAUCGCGUUGUGCAGAAACGUUUGAUUUUUACGAAUUUUAAAUUCAAGAAAUCUCUUUUUUUAAAUUUGCGGAAAAUGAAAAAAUGAAUUAUAAAAUAAAUAGCAAAAAAGAUUUUUUACUACUUAAAAUUACCUAUCUUCUCUGUAAAACAUAAUUCAUUUUAUAUUACACUACCUUUAUUUUUUCAGAAUUCGAAGUUUCCUCAUUUCCAUACGUCCUCUCCGAAGAUCUCCUUGCCCUUUGCCUCUCAUUGGAUCGGACUCUAACCCUCUCUGGAGGGCAUAUUUUUAUGGCCGGAUAUUCGGAUCGUAUGAACCGGGCAGCCGCUUCCUUGAUCUCCCACCUUCAUGGACUUCGGAUUUUCUCCCCAAAAGUCUCAUCGAAUUAUUCGUUGAAAAACUUUUGCAACGAUCUCAAACAAGCCAUCACGUAUGUGGCAUUGGAGUCAGAGCCUGCUGUUUUUAUCCUGGAAGAUUGUCAGAUUCUGGAAGAAACUUCCCUGCAGUACAUUAAUCAGAUUUUGUCCACGGGAACGGUACCCGGAUUGUUUACUGGGCAAGAAUUUGAGCAAAUGACUGGUCAAUUGAGGGAGUUAGCGUCGGCUGAUAGCUUUGAUGGAGAGCUGGCGGAGUUUUUUGCGUAUAGUAAGUGAAUUUUUGACCGUAUUUUGGCUUUGGGCCAUUUUAAUUAAAAUUUUUUUUUUUUGAAAAAAGUGGGAAAAACUUUCAAAAAAUUGCCUUUUGAAGGGGAAAAAUGCAUAAUGAAUAAAAUUACAUCGUUAAUUAUAUUUUAUUUAUGUCAGUGGUACUGUAAAAACCAAAAGAUUCAUUUGCCGCCAGCAGGGGUCGAACCUGCGACCUUGGGCUUAUUAGACCCACGCUCUAACCGACUGAGCUAUGGCGGCACACAUCCUAGGCCCUCUUGGUUCGUUCGAGGAAUCAAAAGAGCCUUUUUUCCUCCGGUUUUGAUUCAAUUUUAUGUUGAUUUUUGCAGAAAUCAAGCGAAAUCUUCAUGUAAUUGUGAUAUUGGACAUCGAGCAAUCAAAUUUUGGGCAAAGACUUCAAACCAACCCGUCAUUGUACAAAUUUUGCUCUGUGAUUUGGCGAAUUGAACCCGAUUCGGAGACUUUGAAACAGGUAGAGUUAAGUGUAAUAUAAAAAAAUAUUUGAUGUUAAGGUGGUGAAAAUGUCCUUAGAGCAAGCGCAACUCCCCGUUCGCACGGAUCACCCGGAUUUACUCUACAAUCUCUACAAUAAAUCACCCCCAACUACUCGGAUUUUCCCCAAAUUCUCGGUUUUUGUUCAGAAUUUUAUCCAAAUUUACAAGUCAAAGUCCACCAUGGUGAAUGAGAGGCUUCGUCGACUCAAAGCAGGGGUGGAUAAGCUGAACGAAACGAGGGAACAAGUGGCCAAGAUGCAGAAAAAAGCGGCCAAGAAAUCGAAAUUAUUGACAGAAAAGCAGCAAGAAGCGGAUAACGCGCUGGCCAUGAUCACUCAGAGCAUGACGGUAGGUUUGCGUUAGCAUUUAUAACAAUUUUUUAUCUAGAGAUCAAUUUUUUUGCUGAUUUUUUAUACAAAAAAGAAAAAAAUGUCUGACCGCUCUCCAUAUUUUCCGUGCUCUCUCGGAAAAAAGUUUGUUGAAUAUCUCGGCUGUACCUGCAAAAUGGCAACUAAAAUUCUGUGGAAUUAAUAUCUGGCCUAUAUGUAAUCUAUGAACAAAAAUUGAAGAAAAUAUGAGCAUUGAACUUUGAGCCCCUCCCUUGACAUUUCACUUGUGAUUUAUGCCAUUCUAGGGCGCCAAAGAACAAAGAGCGGAUAUGGAACAACUCCGACAGGUCACAGAAAAGGAAAGUCAGCACAUUGAAGAGCAAAAGAAGCUGAUCGAGGAGCAACUCAAGGAUGUGGAGCCGUUGCUCAAGGUAGGGUUGGGAGAAAUUAUGACUUUGGGAUAAGAGUGAAUAAUUUUUUCCAGUUCUUGGGCUGACGUUGGCAGAAUUGGUAUUGUAGUGAAUGAGUAUGUCAUAUGAGGCAUAUUUUACGCCUUAAAAUGGCGAUUUGCACCAAAUUUGUGACACUUUUUAAUUAAUUUUAUUUAUUUUUGUCUAAAAUAAGGUAAUUUUGUCGUUUUUUGAGGAAACAUUUAUUAUUAUAAAGCAAAUAGACGCUCAGUAUUCCGUAUUUUACAUUCAGAUUUCUUUUUUCCAUAGUUUAAAAAAUUUUUGUCUUGUUAUCUUGUUUCAGCCUAAAAUAAGGUAAUUUUAUAAAUUUUUUUGGAGAAAAGUGCAUGUAUUAUGUAGCAAGUAGACGCCCAAUACUCCGUAUUUUACAUUUAGAUUUGUUACUUCUUUAUAAUUUAUAAUUUUUUAAACAUUUUUCUUGUCUAAAAUUUGGCGAUUUUCCAAAUUUUUUCCUCAAAACCAACAUUUUUAUGAAGUGGAUGGACAGUACUCCGUAUUUUACAUUCCAUUUUAUUCAAGUAUAUCGAUGCUGACAUAAAAUUUCGGAAAUAUCACGAUUUUUCCGGAGCAAAUACUCCAAAACCUUGAUCGCAUUCUCUUCCUCGUCCAAAUUAUGGUCAUUCAAGUUGAUCGCGGCAUGAUCGGGCGCAUAAAUAUCGGCUUUCAGGAUCAAAUACAUCAUGUAGACUAUUAUUAGACAUACGAAGAUCGUAUAUACAUACGCUAAUAGGGCCAAAAUGACGUCAUCAUGAGGAAUCUCUGAAAAAUAAGGGAAAAUUGGGAAAAAAGGGUAAAAUACGAACAUUGCUAAGUCUCCUCCAUAUUUUUUCGGUUUUAGCAAACAGAGUAGAGUAGAAUAGACAAUAAACUCACCAAUGCUAAGCCAUGUCAUAUCGAAAAUCGCCGAGAAAUUGGGGAAAUCGACCAAGUUUGGGGUAGAAAUGGAAGAAAUGAUGACUUCCCGAUUUUAGGAGGCCAGAAAAGCCGUUGGAUCGAUAAAAUCGGAGAGCUUGUCCGAGAUACGAAGUCUGCGGGCCCCACCGGACGCCAUCCGAGACAUCCUCCAAGCCGUUUUGUUGUUCAUGGGCAUCUUGGACAACUCCUGGGAUUCGAUGAGAAGGUCAAUAUUUGAAACAAGAUUUUAUCGUAGUUGUAAAAUACGGUUUUCCAGUUUUCUUAUGUACCUAUAUUUGCAUUUUGAACAAAGAAAUUUGUUGAAAAUGAAGAAAAUUUCAGAUUUUUGGCCAAAAACGGGGUCAAAGACGAAAUAAUCAACUUCGACGCGCGAAAUGUGACUUCAGAUGUGCGGAAACGAGUGCAGAAAGUUGUCUCAGAGAAGAGGAAUUCGUUUGAUGAGAAGGUUGCCAAACGCGCGUCAGCUGCGGCCGCUCCUUUGGCCGCUUGGGUCAUGGCGAACAUCGAAUAUUCGUCCAUUUUGGAGAAGAUUCAGCCACUCGAAAAUGAGAAAAACGCUCUGUUAAAGUAAGCAGACACCUUUUACAGUCAUUUAAAUUGAUUUUUAGUGGGGGGCAGUAAUAUGUUUUCGAUUUUUUUUUAUUUUUGAAAAUUUUCAGGCAGUUCGCUCAAACUGAGAAACAAAUGAAAAGCUUGUCGGGCCAGCUGACCUCGGUGGACAAACAAGUAGAAACUCUGAAAAAGGAGUUCGAGGAGUCCAUGAAAGAGGCCACGCAAAUCAAAGUCGAUCUGGAUCGGGAGCAAGCGGCCAUCGAAGUGGCCGGCCAAAUGGUCGAGAGGCUCGGAGGGGAAUUCAGCCGAUGGCAAACGCAAAUGCAGAGUCUGGAGGGAGAAUUGGAGUUUGUAAGACUGAUUGGAAAUUACAAUUUUAAAUUUGGCAAAAAUUUGAAUUUUUUUUUGAGGCGUAAAAGGAAAAGGCAAAUUUUUAGACGAAAAAUAACUUUUUAGUAACAAAAAAAAAAACAAACAGUUAUUUGCCGCCAGCAGGGGUCGAACCUGCGACCUUGGGCUUAUUAGACCCACGCUCUAACCGACUGAGCUAUGGCGGCACACUUCCGAUUUGAUUUUGAUAAGGAAAUCAAGAGGCCCUAAGGGAAUUUUCUGAUCAAUUAGGGUUAAAUAUGUUCUUUUCUUUCUGAUAGAGCGAGUCUAGAAAUAUCAGUGACACUGAUUUAUUGUAACUUUCCAAAAAAAGACUUAUUUUUUGAGAUUUUUUUUCAAAAAAUGCUCUCAAAAACUUCAGAUGGAUAUUCACUGUGCUCUCGGUGCCGCAUUCUCCACCUUCCUUGGCAUCGAAGCCUUCGAUAAUCGGGAGAAAGUUUUCAAAAAUUGGCUGGAAAUGUGUGGCCUGAAGACCUUUGAUCCGGUCGCUUUCCUAACAUUGGAAGUGGACCAACAAAGAUGGAAGACGAUGGGGCUACCCUCGACCAAAAUGGCGGCCGAAAACGCGGCCAUAAUCUUCAAUUCCACCGAAACUCCAUUCAUAAUCGACUCGAGUGGGGCCAUCAGCAAAUUCUUGAGCAAAUUACAUCAAGGGAAAGAUUGCCAGGUCCUCAAAACCGCUCAGGACGACUUUUUGACGCAAGUAGAGUUGGGAGUGAGGUUUGGGAAGGUGAUCAUCAUCGACGACAUCUACAAUCUGGACCCAGCUUUGGUGAAUUUGCUGAGGAAAGAGUUCUUUUCUCAAGGCCCAAGACAAGUUGUGCAGAUUGGGGAGAAACAAAUCGAUGUCAACGAAAACUUCAAAUUGUAUGUUUGUACGAGGAAUGAACAGCUAAUUGCCCCGGGCUAUGUGAAGAAUGCAGUGGUUAUGACCAAUUUCUCAACGACUUUAGCUGGACUUUCUUCGCAGGUAAAUUGACUAAAAUAAUGUGAAAUUUGAUGCCUAUAUGGGUAAAGUACGCUCUGGUUAGACCCUUAUAAAUAAAGGCUGGUAGAUAUUAUCGGGAAUAAAAACAAGUAAAAUAAAAAACAAAAAGUUAUUUGCCGCCAGCAGGGGUCGAACCUGCGACCUUGGGCUUAUUAGACCCACGCUCUAACCGACUGAGCUAUGGCGGCACGGCGUCUAACAUCUUUUUGAUAGAAAAAUGAAAAGGCCAUGAGUGUUCUGGAUCCAAGUAGAGUUGGAUCUACGCAAACUUCACCUCAAAAAAUGAUCUCUGAUGUCCCAUUCAUGUUAUACUACCUUUAAAACAACCUUAGCUCAUUCUUAAUGGUUAUGAAUCUAUUAUUUAAUAAAGGUUAAGAUCAUAAAUCAGGCAGUGGACUCUGUAAUUCAUAUGAAUGUUUUCAGAUCCUAAGUCUCGCGUUGAACAGCGAAAGACCCGAUUUGGAACAGCAAUCAGUCAAGCUGUCAAGUGAGGCCGAAACUUUGAAUAUUCAACUCGCUGAGAUCGAACAAACCCUCCUUAAUGUAAGCUAUCUCAUCAACAACUCAAAAUCUUUCCAUCCCACUUGUUAUUCGCCUAUUUUAGGAGCUAGCCUCAUCCGAAGGAAGCUUGCUAGAGAAUAGACAACUAUUGGACUCGCUAAAUCAAAGUAAAGAGAGUGCCGAGAAGGCGGAAGAGUCGCUGGCUACGUUGGAGAAGGUCCGCAAGGAAAUCGAUGAGGUAAAAAACGUGCUCAAAAACAUUUGGAUACUGUUUUUGCCGAUAAAAAUCAAUUUUUCCAGCAAAAACGGGUUUAUCUUCCCUUCUCCGAGAAAUGCAGCAUGUUAUACUUCUCUUUCUACGACCUCUACCUCACCAAUCACAUGUACAACUUCAAUGUGGGCGUUCUGCUUCAAUUGUUCGACAGGAUCUUCCAAAAGAACCGAAAUGUAAGUUUUUCGUUUUGCUCGAACACGUUUCGUCGUAUACAAGCGCUUGCAGACUGCAGGGUUUUUAUAUUCCCAAAAUUGCUGUAAAAUAAAGAUCUAGAUCAUGGAGGAUGUAAUUAGCAUGAUGUCUCAGUGACUAUCAAGUCGUGAGCUUCUAAAUUUUAGGCGUCGACCGAUGUCCAAGCCAAGCUUGAUAUUAUCUAUCAAGAAUUGGUCAAAAGCACCUUUUACUAUGUCUCCCGAGCUCUGUACAAACAGGAUCGUCUGGCAUUUGCUCUACGGUUUGUGAAGGUCGUUCACGCUAAACUGUUCGAUGAUAAGGUAAGGGUUUCGAACUGUUAUUUCUGUUUUUAGAUGUUGUAUUAGGUACCAGCGAAGAAUAAGGCUAAGACAGCCGUCUUUGAUAGGUGUAUUACCUAAAUUCAUGCCUAAGAUUUCCUCUUGCAGGAGUGGAACUUUUUCUGCGGCAACCUGGUGGAUGAAGCGGUCUCGGACACUGGAUCUGCACCUUCUUGGCUGUCCGAAGAGGUUCAACAACAAGUCGCGAAAUUACGAGCUUAUCUUCCUAGUCUCUACUCACAGUUGGGUUUGGAAGAUCGAUCUUCAUGGACAGACUUUCUGCAGAACAAUAGUAGCCAGCUUCCGGGGCAUAUUGAUCAGAAACUGUCAAAUUUCCAGAAGGUUCUUGUGAUCUCAAUCUUGAAACCGGAGAAUGCAACCACCGCAAUGACGUCAUUUGUUACGCGAAGUCUGCAAGUUCCGUCGAUUAAUCCGCCGUCCAAUGAGCUCAUGGAAGUUGUUCAAACCGAAUCUUUGCCACCGAAUCAGCCGAUAUUGCUGAUCCUCGGAACUGGUGCUGAUCCCAGUCAAGAGAUCCGAGAUGUAGCUGAGAAAGUGUUGAAAGAUCCAAGGAGGCUUCAUGAACUUGCCAUGGGGAACAGGCGGCAGAACGAAGCGAUCGAAUUGAUGAGGAAUGCAAUGGAAAAGGGGGAAUGGGUCUACUUGAAUAAUGUCCACUUAUUACCCGAUUUCUUGCUCAGAAUUCACUCAGUAAGUUUUAUUUUUCAAUAUUAUUUUUUUCUAAGUUUAGGUCACAAAAAAACACAUCUAAUUUCGACUACCUUUGAAGCGAAAUUUAUAUUGUGCCUGAUAUUAAAAUCAAUAAUUUUACUUCAGGAGUUACACAGCAAAUCUCCGAAUCCGGCCUUCCGUCUAUGGCUGAGUGCAGAGCCAGACAACCAAUUCCCAGCGGUUCCAUUGCAAGACGCACUCAAGAUUGCGUACGAAACGCCUCCGGGAAUCAAGCACAAUAUUAGCGGGACUUUGAAACAAUGGAUUGAGUUGGAAGGAAAUAGUGGGAAAUCGGAGUUGGAACUGAAGACUCAAUUCUUGUUGGCGUGGUUCCACGCUAUCAUCCAAGAAAGGAGGACGUAUAUUCCACAGGUAAAGUUAUGCUAUCCAUGAUAAGAUUUUUUUGAAAUUUAGGGAUGGCUAAAGUUUUACGAGUUCAAUUCGAACGACUUGAGAGUUGCCAGACAGGUCCUUGAUGCGAUGGGUUCAAGGAAUGGCAAGUUCUUUACGUAAAUUUUUAUAUUUUUAUUGUUUAGGUUAUAAUUGGGAAGCGAUCCGCGGAUUUAUGGAAGACGCUAUAUAUGGGGGAAGAAUCGAGAAUCAACUCGACAUUGGCGUACUGUCAGCCUACUUGGACAAGUUUUUGAGCCAAAAAAUGGUGACGAGUAGAGAUGGGGAACUGGAUUCAAAUCUUAGAAUGCCCGAGGCUAAAUCAAUGAACGAAUGGCUGGAUUUCGUCAAGAAUAAGGUUAGGAAUGUCACACGAGUUUAGUAAUAUUGAUACCAUCCGUAAGUAGCUGGGUAUUACGGUGCUGGCGCUAGGGAAAGACUCGACCCAUCGAGGGAAAGAGUUGACUCAGGUCUGGAAAGCGAUGUAAUUGGUAUCAGAAAUGUCUCGAGGAUGAAUUACAGCCUUUUUCAGAUACCAGAAGUGGACAAACCAUCGAUGUUUGGCCUUCCCGAGAAUCUUGGAGCGACUUAUGAACUGGAACAAAGUCGGCAAACAAUAAAUGCCCUCAGGUCAAUGCAGAAAUAUAGCCGAUCAUCGACAUUUGAAGCCUUCAGUCAGUGGGCAAAGAAACUUCAACCUGUUCUGGCAUUUUGGAAGCGGCUUCAUCAACAGAAUGACCUUCUUCAGGCAGAAUUGAGGGAUUCCGACUCGACUGACCCAAUUAUUGAUAUGCUAAACACCGAGAUGCACUUUGGAAUUGGACUGGUAAGUAGUUAUAGGCUGUUAGAAUUCUAAAUUUAGACGAUAGUUUUGCUGGAGCAUUAUUUUUAAAUGUUUGUAUCAAAUUUAUAUUGUUUUAGGUAAAAAAGAUCCAUUCGACCUUGACCAACAUCCGAAAAGGCCUUGCCGGCAAGCUUGCCCCCACUGCCAAGACAGUUCAAGCCGCGAAGACACUGUUGGACCAACAAACCCCGGUGGAUUGGGAUCUAAUCUGGCCGGGACCCGAGGAUUGUUACCAGUACAUGGAGAAGGUGUGCGAUAAGGCCAGAAAGGUCAAGAAGUUGAGCACCUCAAUAAGUGGACAGGAUCUGCUCAACGAACCUAUAGAUUUGGAUCACCUUUUCCGGCCGACAGCCUUACUAAAUGCCCUUAGGCAAUAUAGUGCAAGGUGGGUGGAAAAUCGAGGAAAUUAUGGGGAUUACGGCAGUUUUUGGGCAGUUUCUGGAGUGGAAAGUGUUGUAAAUUUGAAGAAGAGAGUUUUUUAGUUGAGCUACAGCGGGUACGGUAGUUUUAAAAUAACAAAAAAAUUUUUUUUUGUUGAUUUAGUCUACUACAAUAUAAAAAUUUUUUUCAGACACCUAAAUUUUGGCGUGGACAGACUCCAAUUCGUCACUAGCUUGUCCAAAAUACAGUCCAGAGCCCCCUCGAUGCAGAUUGGCCAACUAAAAAUUCAGGGCGCCGUUCUGGGAGGAGGCCAUUUAAUGGCUGUGGACCAGAAUUCUGCAGCGAUUUCUUCGGCUCCGGUCAUACAUGUGGCGUGGAUUGGAAUGGUAGGAUCAGUUUUGGGGUGUGGUGGAUGUUUUCGACAAGAUUGGACGAUUUUUUUUUUAUUUUUUAGGAUGAACCCGAGCCAUAUCGUCAAGAAGAAAGCGCCGAAAUCCCAUUGUUUGUGGCCUCAAACCGAACGGAAUUCGUAUGCCAAGUGAAAGUCCCGUGCUCCCAAGGCCAAAGAGAUCAGUGGGUCCUGGCGGCGGUUGCGUUAUUUACCCGGAUUUGA